CAUCGGUGGUGUCUUACAAUCUUUCCCCUGGCUGGCUGGUGAGAACUCUCUUGCCCCACCCUCAGCCAAUCCUACUCAUUUUAAAUAAAAGUCGAGAACGCAGCCGCCUUUUAUCCCGAAUUCUACGGGGCUUCUUUUCUGGCAUUUGCUCCCCGGAGGCCUUCAAGUAUAGCUAAACCUGAGGAUUUAAGGAGACGCGAGUGCUGGGAGAGGCCGGAACGAUUCCUUAGCGGAACCUUUGAGGCGAGGACUCUGGGGGCGCCCUAGGGGACUUACCUUGGCGGCCCGGCCAGACGAGCAGGGAUGGCGGCGGAGACGGCCGGUGCGGACUCGACGGCCGCUAUCCCCUUGGACCUGCGGCGGGAGCGAAGCCUGGUGUGCGUAGAGUACCCGGGAGGGGUGCGCGACGUGGCCAAGAUGCUGCAGACUCUGGGCGGCGAGGAAGGCCUGCUGCAGAUCUACACAGACCCCACCAAGAGGCUGGAGCUGUACUUCCGGCCCAAGGACCUGUACUGCCACCCGGUGUGUGCCAACCGCUUCAGUACCAGCAGCCUGCUGCUGCGGAUUAGGAAGAAGACCAGAAUGCAGAGAGGGGCGCGUGAGGCCGAGCCCCAGCCCCGGGUCACGUUCGACCUGGAGAUCCUGGGCAUCAUCUCCACCAUUUUUAAAUUCCAGGGAAUGUCUGACUUCCAGUACCUGGCCAUCCACACGGAAGCAGGCGGCAGGCACACGUCCAUGUACGACAAAGUGUUCAUGCUCAAGCCCGAGAAGGAGAGUUUCUUCCAUCAGGAGCUGCCGCUCUACAUCCCCCCGCCUAUCUUCUCCCGUCUGGACGCCCCGGUGGACUACUACUACCGACCAGAGACUCAGCACCGGGAAGGCUACAACAACCCCCCCAUCUCAGGUGAGAACCUGAUUGGCCUGAGUAGGGCCCGUCGCCCCCACAAUGCCAUCUUUGUCAACUUCGAGGACAAUGAGGUACCCAUGCAGCCGCUGGAGGCUGCGGUCCAGACGUGGAAGAGGACCUGCACCAACCCCAUUGACCAGGAGGUGGAGGAGGAGCUGAGGAAGCUGUUUGACCUCCGCCCUGUCUGGUCACGCAAUGCCGUGAAGGCCAACAUUAGUGUCCACCCGGACAAGCUGAAAGUCCUGCUUCCCUUCAUGGCUUAUUACAUGAUCACAGGCCCCUGGAGAAGCCUGUGGAUACGGUUUGGCUAUGACCCCCGCAAACACCCAGAAGCCAAGAUUUACCAAGUCCUCGAUUUCCGAAUCCGUUGUGGAAUAAAAUAUGGUUAUGGCUCCAGCGACAUGCCUGUCAAAGCCAAGCGCAGCACCUACAACUACAGCCUCCCCAUCACUGUCAAGAAGCCGCCCACCCAGCUCAUCAGCAUGCGCGACCUGAAGCAGGGCCUGGGCCCGUCGGGGACGGCCAGCCCCCGGAAACUGGCCUCCAACAAGUACAAGCUCAAGGACUCGGUCUACAUCUUCCGGGAGGGGGCCCUGCCGCCCUAUCGACAGAUGUUCUACCAGCUGUGUGAUUUGAAUGUGGAAGAUUUGCAGAAGAUCAUUCACCGCAAUGACGGGGCGGAGAACGUGUGCACAGAACGGGACGGCUGGUGCCUCCCGAAGACCAGCGAUGACCUAAGGGACACCAUGUCCCUCAUGAUCCGGCAGACCAUCCGCUCCAAGAGGCCAGCUCUCUUCUCCAGCCCGACCAAGGCUGACCGUGCAAAAGAGCAGCUGAUGUUUGAGUCCGGGGAGGAGGAGGAAGAGGAGGAGGAGGAGGAAGAGGAGGAGGAAGACUUCAAGCCCUCGGAUGGGAGCGAGAAUGAGAUGGAGACGGAGAUCCUGGACUACGUGUGAACAGGCCUUCGCUCCUUGGGAUGAGCGGGGAGACUGGUGCCCAGCCUCGUGCAGAGCCAAGGAAAUCCAUGGCUCCUACUGCCAGCCACUGUGGGAGGCCUCUGUGCAAAGCCAGAGUCCCAGCAAAGCAGGCCCAGGCCUGGCUGCAACCCGCGUCUCAGUUCACCCUGUCCCCUGGGUGCUUGGGGACAUCCCAGGCUCCGUGCAUCCAUGGCCCACCCAGGCUCAGGACCUUGGGCUGCGCCUACCGAGAGUAGAGGUGGAGGUGGUAUAGCUUGGUACAGCCAUCUCCGCCCAUGGUCACUGGUGGCCAAAGUCUGCGCUUGGUUUUGGAUCCCAUCCUUUGGGAUUACUGCAGAGGCCAGGCCCAGCCGGAACUAUCCUAUUAAGUCAGUCUUGCAAGCAGUCUUGGUGUCUUGGCUCACAGGUUGGGGCCACAGGGCAGUUUCCUCUUGCUUUGGGGUUCCUGAAGCACCUCCGUUGCUCCUUUUCCUUGUUUGGGGAUGAGGCCUGUACACUUCUCCAGCUGGGUGAGACAAGGACACUGGGAGUGACCUGGGCUGUGCUCAUCCCUGAUUUACAUGAGUGGACACCUUCGGGGGCUCCCUGGAAGCAGGUCCUGUUGUCCCAUCGCUUCCCAGCGUGGAAGCAGAGACUCCUGUGUGCCUGCCCAGCCUGCCUCCUGGGCAUGCAUUUCUGUGCAGGUUCCUCCUGUGCUCCCCACGGGGCAGCAGCACCACUUCCUGUAGGACACCGAGCCACAGAUGGGCCAUUUGCCUGCUUGUCUGUGUGACUCUGAAGCCUCCCAGAAGCUCAGUAUACAAACUGGCCACUAAUCUCAAAGCCAAAAGCCUCAGGCUAGCCCCCACCUGCUGGCUGGGUUCCUGGGAAACCUCUUCCCAACACAAGAUCAGAAUGCUGGAGGCCUUGGUUCCUGUGCAAAUCUGAGGAAGGUGCUGAGGCAAGGACCCCCGACACCCCCUGCAGCUAGGCUUUACCCACCCAGAGCAUGGGGUGGGCACCUAAGGCCUGCCAUACAGGAAGGGCUUCCCAAAUCUUGGAAAGUACAGCAAUUCCUUUCCUAGAAACCCUCCUUUUGGAAAAAAAGCUUUUUGUUAUGAAAAAUGUCAAACGUACACGGAAGUCCUGAGUAUUUUUAUGAAGCUCAUGUAUCCAUUAGCUGGCUCCAGUAGUUGCUAGGUUUUGCCAGUAUUGUGCUGUCUAUGCGCCCAUGUUUUUAUUUUGUCUUUGUUUUGCUGGCCUUGCUCUAAGGAAACCCCAUACUUCCCAACCUCUAAGACCUGAGAACUUUUUCUUAACUAUAACAGUGCUGUUACUACACCUGUUCUAGUUAGGGUUCUCCAGAGAACAACUACAAUAUUAGAAUAUAUACAGUUAUAGGAUUUAUCACCUUGCACAGUUGCGGAGGUGCAAGUCCAAGGUCUGCAGGGGCGUGGGAGGAGCUGUGUGCUGGUGGGUUCCUUCCCAAGCAGAAGCCCACCAUGGCAGGAUGAUUUACUUUUGUCAGUCCAUUCUUUAAAAUUUUAAACUCCACCCUUAAACACCUUCACAGACCAUAUAUCUGACACUGUGGUCCAGCGAAGUUGACAUACAAGAUUGACCACCACAAUUAAUAAAAUUUCCAGUACUCCCAUAUUAUCUGAUUCUGUUACAU